AUUCAUGGUUUCCAUUUGACUCAUCUGGGGCGAAGAACCUUGGUCAGCUUGUGCAAAGGGAGUUCCUGUCCAUGUGCUUAUCACUAUUACACUAUCACAACUCUGUUUUUAAAAUAGUGUAUCAUUUAUCGUCUCUCCUGAUUGCCAUGCGUGGAAAUCUGUGGAAUCUAGGAGCUUCAAAACAUCAACAACAACAACAACACCAACAGAGAUGAUGAAUUAAGCACCAUUAUCUUCUCGGUUCUAGGCAUGCUCUUUUCCAAAAUGCUGAGGUUCUGUAUGCAGAGAACCCUGAACCCGUGUGUGCGAGUAGCACAGAAACGCUGGCUCGGCACACACAAGCACAAAGAGAAGCUCGAAUCGCUAAGCACUCCGAAAGGAGCCAAGGAUUUUAUCUAUAGCCUGCAUGCUACCGAGCGCAGCUGCUUACUCCGAGAGCUGCAGAACUUCGAGUCCAUCGCUAUCGCUCAGGAGAAACUGGAGUCAUCGCCACCCAGCGCUAGUCAACUGAGAUACGUGCUCCUUCACAACGCCAUCCCGUUCGUCGGAUUCGGCUUCCUGGACAACGCCAUCAUGAUCGCUGCAGGAACCCAGAUUGAGCUGUCCAUAGGAGUGACCUUUGGAAUAUCAACUAUGGCAGCUGCCGCGUUGGGAAACUUGGUUUCUGACCUGGCUGGACUUGGACUAGCAGGUUACGUGGAAGCUCUAGCUGCCCGCUUGGGGAUGCAGAUUCCUGAUCUUACACCCAAACAGGCUGAUAUGUGGCAGACCAGACUCAGCUCACACAUAGGAAAGGCAAUCGGCAUCACCAUUGGCUGCCUGCUUGGGAUGUUCCCGCUCCUCUUCCUCAGCGAUGAAGAUGAAGAUGAGAUGCAGAGUGUGGCAGUACCUCCUCUCGCAGACUCGAAAUAAUUUUUUCACACACCACGACCUCACAGCAACACUAAGAUCUUUCUCUAAAAAGUCGACUAAUUUUCUCAUAGAGGAAGCUUCAUUCAUACUCUACGUUCAGGAAAAAAAAAACGUGUCUGAAGAUUUAUUUUAGUUUUGUACUGGAGCUACGAGGAGCACCUUACUAAUGCAUACCGUUUUCAGUGACUAAAUCAUUAUUCACUUAGACAGACCAUAAUAACAACGUUAUGUCCAAAGUAAAUGUGUGGAAAGUUCCAGCGUCAAUCUGAUGAAUCCGGUUGUCCAAUAUGGCUGACUAACAACACGACACAGUGAAGUUUUGUUCAUGUACCAUCAGUGCAUCACCAUCAGCGUGUGUAUGUUACGUCAAACUGGAUGCAGUUUGAGGAACAUCUUCAACAGCACAUCAUCCAUUUCCAUCUCAUCCAUGCACUCUCUUGCCAUACCACAAACUUCCUUCCUCUUCGCUCCAGCAUCCUUCUCCCAAUAUUAAUGUUGUUUAGCAGACACUCUUAUCCAGAGCAACAUACAACAUACCCAGCCGGGGGAGAAGUUGUGGGUUAGGUGCCUUGACCACGGUAACUUCAGCCAUUCCUGCUGGACCAGGGAAUCAAACCAGCAAACCUUUGGUCCCAAAGCUGCUUCUUUCACCAUUUGGUCAAGGUUCUCCCAAUAUCCUCAUCACACAUCUCCAAACCAACUUUGUCUCCAAACCAUCAGGGGUUGGGUGCCUUGCUCAAGGGCAUUUCAGCCAUUCCUGCUGGACCAGGGAAUCAAACCAGUAACCCUUUGGUCCCAAAGCUGCUUCUCUAACCAUUAGGCUAUGGCUUCCCCCAGUUUUGUCCUCAUCAUCUCUCCUCAGUGCAUCACACAUCUCCAAACCAAACCAACUUUGUCUCCAAACCAUCGGGGGUUAGGUGCCUUGCUCAAGGGCACUUCAGCCAUUCCUGCUGGGCCAGGGAAUCAAACCAGCAACCCUUUGGUCCCAAAGCUGCUUCUCUAACCAUUAGCUUCUCCCAAUAUACUCAUCAUCUCUCCUCCACACAUCUCCAAACCAAACCAACUUCAUCUCCAAACCAUCCAGCCUGGCCUGUCCAUCUAAUAAAGUCGUUCCUAAUCCUGUCCAUCUUCAUCACUCCUUACACAAACCUGAGUAUUUUUAACUCUCCUGCAUAUAGCUCCACCUCCUGUCUGUUCCUUAUUGUGACACUUUCCAACCCAUAUAACACGAUGAAGAUGGAAAAUAUCUUGAUGUUUCUCGCAAAAGAAAACUAAAUGGAUGAGCCAUUUCUUGGUGACAUGACAUUAGUCUCAUAGCGCUAGUGCACAACUACGGUAAAGGAACGAACUUCAUACACAGAACAUGUCUUGACUGAUUGAGUCCAUUUGGAGAAAUCAUGUUUAUUAUUUUUUAUGCUGAUUUAUUUCUUGAAUGGAGUGGUUCAAAUUGGUUUUUUGGUAGUUAAUGUUUUCAGAUACAGAUUUGCACCAGACAGCUGAAUGAACGGGCUCAGAUUGGAGCAAUUAAUAUGACUAAUAUGAUGAUAUAAAUAAGGUGCAAACAACCAAGGUUUAUCCGUAGCAUUUACGACCCUUUGCUUCUGCAAAACUAUACUUUCGUGCUCAGAAACAAAACAAACAUGACAGAAAAGAUGAUUCACUGAAGAAGAAGAAGAAGAAGAACGAAUGUGCCACGUGAAAGAAGCACAUUUGCAUCUGGUAGCCAUUAUUUUUAUUUCUCGCACAUUUUUGUUGUGUUGAAUAACUUGGAUUGUUGACCUCCUACGUAGAAAAAAAAAAACUUUUCCUAACUCGGAAUUCUGGGAAGUCUGGACAGUCUCCUCUACCCUGGGAAUGUCAUAUCAACAAUCUAUACAGCUCACUGUUUUGAGGAGGAAUAUGUACAUGACUUUUCAGUUAGCUGGCUGACGUCACUAAAAUACGACGAACGUGGAAACGUCCACGUCCAUGUUUAUCCACUUUGUAGAAAAUGACGUAAUUCUGAGGUCACACUUCGGAGUUAAAUCGAAUGCUACAUUUAUCUAGGUGAACUUUGGCCUGUAUGUUCACAAGCCACAGUCUUGUGAGCCAAUAGAAACCAAGAAGGCGGAGCUGUCAUCUGAUUGCCUGGUUAAAAAAAAAAUGGAGUUGCUGAGUUGAAUUAUUAAGUAGCAUUUACAUUAGAUGUUUACCUCGCUAUUUUCUUAUUGUUGCUUGGUGCACAUUUGAGGAAAACAAAAACUAUAGCCAUCUCGUCCAACAACGUGUAUGUGCUAGGCGUUGUUGUGAUAAAAUUCUGCUAGGAUUUCCUUGUUAGCCAUUUUGGUAUCUCUUGAAUCCUAGUCUUUUUAAAAACCUACUGUAUAUAUUUAUAAUCAGAUACUGGUCCAUUUCUUCGAGUUUUAUACAUAAACAGUGAUACGCAAUGUCUUAGCAUGUUGGAGGAAAGAUUUAAUAAGUUGUUUUAUCCAUUGAUUUGGCUUUCUAAGAUAAAAUUCAGAGCGAGUGGCAGUGCUGCAGGGUUUAGAAACUUGGUGCUCACUAACAAGUGCCUUCAAGUGAACAUGAAGAGGUUCAGUAUUCUUAUUUGUAUAAUGAUUCUAAUAUUAAGUUCUGUUUUUCUUUUCAUGCGAUAAACAACUCAUUUUACAGCAACAGUGAACAAACCGGAAGCUAUAAUCGUAAUGCAUAUUAGUAUUUAGUGACUAAUAGUCUGAACCUCGCUAUUGAAACUUAUAUUUCGUGUAUACUUAUAUUAUGCAUUGCUUUUACUGAAGGACAGGACAUUUCAUACUGAAACACAACGUGCUUACGGAUACCCUGUGACCAUAUAAACACUACAAUGCAGUUUUGUUGUCACAGAGGUUGAGUUAACAAUUAUUUGCUGAAGGUGAAGUGAAUAUCGGUGAUUUAUUCUAACCACAUUUACUGGAUAUGAGCAAUUGUGCGCUCUGAUUGGCUACUCUACUACUAGGAUAUCAGCUCAUAUACCAUGAGUAGAGAAAAAAUGGCAGAGAGUGUUGCUGAACCAACUGAGGACGAAAUAAAAACUGUACUCGAAAACAAAAA